CCGCAUUAGACAAACCCUUCUCGCUUGACGCUUCCCUUUCCCUCGCAUUUUCCCCGUUGCACGCCAACGCCCUUUCCUGCCUUCCAUUCCCCCACCGCCGUCCGCUGACUGACGUCGAGCCAGACGAUCGAUUGGGGCUACAGCUAACACAGGAGAAUUGGAGUACUUAGUCUACCUUAUCACAGUCUCCUAAUUGAGCUGAGAUUAUAUCUAUAGCUUGUUAUUGAAUUGGAUUGGUAAAGUAAAAAAAAUCAGCCAUGUCAAACAUGGUCAAUGGUGACAGUACUGUCGACAGAAUCAGCCAUUUGCCACGAAAUAUUAUUGAAGAAAUACUCCUGCACUUACCAUUGAAAGAUGCAAUCCGGACAAGCAUCUUAUCGCGUGAUUGGAGAUACGCAUGGAGUAGUAUUCCACACCUUGCUUUCAGUCGGCAAGAAUUCCCUCUAUCUAAAUGCAGCAAUUCACAAGUUAUUUUUGACCGUAAGCUUGUAGACAUUAUUCAUCAAGUUCUCCUAUUCCACCAAGGACCAAUUCACAUGUUUAAACUUUCCAUUGACUUGAAAAGCUCCAAAUGUAUAGAUGGGUGGCUUCUUUUUCUUUCAAGAAAUGAUAUUAAAGAAAUAGUUCUACAUAGAUGGGAAGGAGAGGUGUAUAAGUUGCCUUCAUGUCUUUCCGCAUGUAAAAGGCUUGAGCAUCUAUGUCUGUUUAGGUGCAUGUUCAGACCUGUUCAUUUCCAAGGCUUUCCACAUCUUAGAUCUCUGAGUCUUAACAAUGUUGCCAUUUCACAGAAUGAGCUUGAGACUUUAAUCACUAAUUGCCCUCUUCUAAAUAUUCUAUACCUGAUAGACAUAUUUGGUCUUAGUGGUCUUAAGGUUUGUUCCCCAAGUCUGGUUGUCUUCUCAUUUUUUGGACAACACAUAGAUUUUUCUUUUGAAAAUGUUCCAUUAUUAUCUACAUUGUAUGUCUCCUUCGUUGGGAAGAAUGACAAGUAUUAUGCAUCCCCUGGAGUAAUUUGUAAAUUAUUUAGAAACCUUUACCAUCUUUCCAGUAUUAAGAAGAUCGUACUGUAUAAUCAGGCAUUCAAGGUCUGGGCAUACGGUCAGUUACCCAUUCAGCUUCCUUUCACAUAUCAGCUAAAGCGUUUUCAUGCAUGUGUAAACUUGAAGGACAUAAAAGAAAUACAAGCCAUAGUUUUCCUGUGCAGAAGCUGCCCUUUAUUAGUCACUCUUGAGUUAAAGGCAUAUAUCGGCAGCAAUUUAGAUGAUGGAACACCCGCUGAGAAAUUUUUGGAUGCACAGCAAAGUUUUGGUAGCCAAUUUAGCCACCUCAGAAGUGUGGAAAUUACUUACGUUAGCUGCAUAUCUGAACUGCCAUUUAUAAAAUUUGUUCUUGCCAAUGCACCCGCUCUCGAAACUGCUUACAUUGGAUUCAACUGCGGAACGCCUAUUGAGCUCAAUAUCUUAAAGGAGAUGUUCAAAUUCAGGAGAUUAUCUGCUGCAGUUGAAAUAAAAAUUUUGAAUAGGAGUUUUUUCUGAUCUUGGUUUCUUGGGCCAAGGCAAAUAUGGUUCAUGAUAGUGUUUUUUCUUUAUUCUGUUUGGAUCAAAGCACUUCUUUGAAUCUGGAAAAGAAUUGCCUUGAUAUAACAUUUUGCAUUAUCUUUGCAUGAUACUGAAACUUGUUUAGUUUGCAACUACGGUCAAUUUGCAUACUCAUGAGAGUAAAGUUGUUUUCUGUCUUCCAUUUCUGUGAUAAAAAUGUUGCAGUUUUAUCACUACUAGAUGUCUGUAAUGUAAUGUGAUAUAUUCUUCAGGUCUCA